AUGCAUGAGCUGGAAAAGACCCGGGAAGCUUGUUUAAGAAGAACUGAAGUGCAGCCAUCCAUGGAAGAUCCCGACGCUGUGCUCAACGAUCCUGUUAUAGUCGAUGAGCGGGAUACGUUCAUGGCUUGCAAAUUGCAGCAAGUGGCGAUUGCGUCACCGAACGCACUGAUCUUUUGCAUCGUCGGGAUGGCCCACCUUAACGGAAUCGAGGCCGAGCUGUCGCGCGAAAUCAGGCAGAGCGAGUUCGAUGCAGUGAGUAUCGCGCCCCAGAUGUCGGAUGCUGACAAGAAGCUCAAGAAGGCCAUUGUUCAAAGCAGAGGCUUCGAUUUGAAAGCUCUGCGCAUCAUGCUGCAAGUGCAGCAGGUGAGCGCUCGCUGA